AUAGACAUAGAGUAUUAGAGAUGUAUAGAAAAUAUCUCAUUGAAUUGGGGUGUUCUGGUACUAAACACACUCCAUCAAAUCAGAAGGAAACAACUAGUAAUGCCAGGGAAAGUAAACCUAAAGUACCAGCUGCAAGUACUCCUACCAGUCACCAGCCAGAAACCAAAGUCUCUGUUAUACAGCCACCAUUACCCAAACCACCUGAUGAUUCUGACAAGAAAACUGAUCCAUCACCUGCUAAGGUCAUGGAUGAAUCAGUCAAAAGAAAAAAUAUGGAGGAUCUUGAUAAAUUAAAAAAACAAGCUGAUGACUUGAGGAAAAUGAUCCUUGGAUCAAUGGCAACUCUUGAGAAUUCUAUGAAGAAAGAUGCAGUUUACCAGGGGAAUCUUAACAAGGAAUUCACAUCACCUGCUAGAAUAAUCAGAAUUUUUACCAGUAGUACAUUUACAGACACUAUGCAUGAGAGAAAUAGAAUGAUGGAAACAACAUUUCCUCGUCUUAAAGAAUACUGUCAAGAGAGAGGUUUUGAGUUUCAAAUCGUGGACAUGAGAUGGGGAAUAAGAGAUGAGGCGACCAAUGAUCACAUGACUACAGAAAUAUGUCUUUAUGAACUUGCUAACUGUCAGAAAUACUCUGCUGGACCAAAUUUCUUGACUCUAUUGUCUCAUAAAUAUGGAUACCGUUCCCUUCCAAGACAGAUUCCUGCAGAAAAAUAUGAGAAAAUAGUCCAGUACAUAGAUGGCAGUGAUCAACGACAGCUGUUGUCAAAGUGGUAUGUGAAAGAUGAGAACUGUGACCCGCCAAAAUAUAUCCUCCAGCCAAUCAGCACUAAUCUCCCAGACUUCCUUGCACAAGAUGACAAAGAGAAACAGAAAGCAGCCAGAGAAGAAUGGUGGGAAGAAAGUGACACUAUGUUAGAUGGCUUAGUAACAGCAGCAGAGAAGGCUUUACCCCAAGAGGAGGCAUACAAAUUCAAAGUAUCAGUUACUCAUACAGAGGUUAUGAGUGGGUUAUCCAGUCAAGAUCUAGGAAAGAAAUGUGUAUGGCUGAAACGUAAUAUAACAGAUAUUGAGGAACAAAAACCCUCUUACCAAUUGUCCAGAUUUAUAGAAUGUAGUGGUCCUGGAGAAAAAGUCAAAAUGGUGAAAACAUUGUUGGAAGAUUUAAAAGAAGAUUUGACAAAGAAAUUACCAAUAGAGAAUAUCUUAUCCUAUAAUGUAACAUGGCAAGAGAAGGGUUUGGAUCCAGGGAUCAAAGAACACAGUGAGUAUCUAGAUAAAAUCACUGACGAUGCAGAAAAGAAAUUAAAGCAGUUAAUAGAUGACAUAAUUGCAGCAGACAAGAAGAAGAAACAUGAUAUAGUACGCGAUGAAAUCAGACAACAUCUCUUGUUUUGCCAGUCAAAGUGUGCUGAUUUUAAAGGCAAGGAAGAUACUCUGGAGGCAGUGCAUACCUAUUUAAAAAGUGACAAAACACAUCCUCUUGUUAUUCAUGGUGAAUCUGGUAGUGGUAAAACAUCCCUUAUGGCAAUGAUAGCCAAAAAGGCCAAUGAAUGGUUUGAUGGGAAGGCAACAGUUGUCAUAAGGUUUUUGGGAACAACUCCAAAAAGUUCCAACCUUUUCGAUUUGUUAUGCAGUUUGACAAUGCAUAUAAGAACAGCCAAAAUCAUGGAUCAUCUGAAUGCGAAGAGCUUCACAGAAGUUGAGCUUAUUUUCAAACAGACCUUAAUAGCAAGGAAAGGAUCUGAAAAAAUGAAAAUCAAUGAUCCUUUAGUCAUCAUACUGGAUUCUCUUGACCAGUUAGAUCCUUCAUACAAUGCUAGAGGGAUGCAAUGGCUACCACUUCUAGUAAAUCCUAAUGUAAAGAUUAUAGUGUCAACCUUAGAAGAUCCAAAGUAUGAAGUAUUUCCUAGUCUCAAGAAUCGAGUUCCAGCUGAAGGCUUUAUUCCUGUGACAACUAUCCCAAGGCCUGAUGUGAAAUUAAUUUUGAAUCACUGGUUGGAAAGAAUUCAGCGAAAAUUGACACCAGAACAGGAAGAUUUACUUUUGAAAUCAUAUGAUCAGUGUCCUUUUCCACUUUACUUGAAUCUUUGUUUCAGAGAAGCUUCUCAGUGGACAUCAUAUAUGGAUGUUUCAAACAUUCAGCUGUUUCAGACUGUACGGGAAGCCAUAAAUGGUCUCUUUGCCAAAAUGGAGUCACUUCACGGAUAUGCAUUUGUAUCUAAAACUUUAGGAUAUUUAACUGCAGCAAAAAUAGGAUUGACAGAAACAGAAUUAGAAGAUAUAUUGGCAUGUGAUGAUGAUGUGCUAAAUGAUGUCUAUGUGUAUUGGACACCACCCAUUAGGAGGCUUCCUCCAUUACUUCUGGUGCGACUUCGACAUGAUCUACAGCAGUAUUUAGUUGAGAGAGGAGCAGAUGGUGCUACUGUUAUCUACUGGUACCAUAGACAGUUCAUUGAGGCAGCAAAGGAUAGAUACUGUACAGAAGAAACCAGUGUUAAAAAUCUCCAUACUGCAUUGGCAGGCUUCUUUUUAGGAACUUGGGCCAAUGGGAAUAAAAAGCCAUAUGUGAACAGAAGUGAUGAGAAUGGAUUAGCUGACAGACAUGUUGUGGCUCAGCCAAUUAAAUUUGGUGAUACAUACAAUUUAAGGAAGCUGAACAACCUUCCAUACCACCUUUCUAUGUCAAAAAAUGUUGCACAGUUGAAGGAUGAAUGUUUGAUGAACUUACCAUUUAUAAAUGCAAAGCUAGAAUGCUCUUCUGUGAGAUCAGUGAUGGAAGAUUAUGAGAUUGCCAAACAGAUGAUCAAUGAUUCACAGUUAAAUAUGAUUCUACAAGCUUUCCUUCUAUCAGGGGAUUCUAUUCUGUUCAAUUCAAAACAGUUUGCACCACAGAUGUUCUUAAGACUCAAGGAUGUCAAGGAAUUGCAGACUUUUACCAAUACAUGUAAAGAGACAGAUGAGACGUAUUUGUGUCCUGACACUGGUCUAUUAGUGAAGGUUGGAGGACCAUUGGUUUAUGCACUAGGAGGACAUAAAUCUCAAGUUGAUUGGGUGGACAUGAAGAAAGAUGGAAAGAUAGCUGUCACUGCUUCAUGUGAUGACCACUCAUUAGGCCUGUGGGAUGUUCAGGAAGGUAAAGUAAUCCGCAUCAUGGAGAGGAUUGUUAAGGAUCCCAGUGAAGUGCAUUUUGUGGCAGACGAUUCUCUUAUUCUGAUUUAUUCAAGUAAAUUUUUGGUAGCAGUUACUGAAUUAGGAGAGAAAAAAUACACAUUUUCUCAUGCUGCCAUGAAUUCUUUCUGUGUUUGUGGUAAAAAUAAAGAAGUACUUGUAGGAUUUAUGAAGACUAAAGUAGUCCAUCUCUAUGACAUGAAAACUGGUGAGAAAACUAGUGUGAUUAAUCCAAAAGAUGGCCUGAUGGAUGGAGACAAGUCCAAAUUGAAAGUGUCAUUUGGAUUAUUUGCUUCAGGUUCUGAUAAUUACGCUGUUUGUACUAAUGAUGAUGAUACUGGUAUAUGGGUCGUUGAUUUAGAAAAAAGGCAAGCCUACUGCUCACCCAGAAUCAGAUUUCCACCAACUCCUGCAAUUGCUGAUGAAGAUCCAGACGAUUUGACCAUAGAUGCUUCUGCUGUUACAAGAGAUGGGAAAUGCAUUGUGGCAUCAAAUAUGUAUGAUAAUGUGCCUUACCUGUUUGAUAUCAAGACUUUUGAAAUUUGUAGAAAAUUAAUGGGUGAUGACUCAGAUGCAAUUCAGAAAUACAAGUUCUCUGUUGAUGGCAAAAAGAUGUAUGGAGAGUCGAGCAAGACUAUUGUUGUGAUAGAUCUGGAAACUGGAAACAGGCAAAAAGUUUUGCAGCAUAGCAAUCAGAUAGACUGCUGUGUGUCAAAUGAUGCGACAACUUUUGUCACUGUUUCUGAUGAUAGUGUUCUAAGAGUUUGGGAUACUUCCAAAACAACAUUUUCAGAAGAGAAACUAUCAGAUUUUGGUGCAUCUGUACAGUUUUUUAAGCUUUUAGCAAAUGAGAGGUAUGCUCUCAUGAUGUCAUCUGUUGGCAAGGAUAAAAAGAACAGAAUAAUGGUGGUUGAUACAGUUGAGAAGAAAAUUGUGUCUCAGGCAGAAACUGAGGCAAGGUCACAGAGUGUGCUGUUCCUUAAUGACAGUAAGGCAAUAAUGUGCUUUACCAAAGACAACAAACCGCAUGACCUUCACUUGAUUGAUCUGAACUCAAUGACAGAGAAUCCAGUACAAGGAAAAAUGUUCAAAGAUUGUGACAAAAUAUUGAUGGUUAAUUAUGGAAAAGAAUUUAUGGUACCAACUAGAGGUGGAAAGAAUGUGAAAUUUUACAGCAAAGAGACACUGAAGGCAACUUACAUAAUGGAGAUAGUAGAUACUUCUUAUAUUGGAAGAAAUUAUGAAUCAAAUAUUGAUGGUACCAUGGUAGUAUUUGUAACUGAUGAUGAUAAGAAAAUAGUAGUGAUUGAUGUUGAAGCAAGAACCAUUGUAAAGGUGUUAGAAGCAAAGGAUUUGAAGAAGGAUCUUGGACUAGAUGAUGAUUUUUGUUGUAUAGAACUGUUGGUGCCAAACAACAAGAGCUACAUUGUUUUUACUGCCAUCACAAAAGAUAGUAUAAACACCAUGUACCUAUGGGAUUUAAAGGAAGAUAAGCUGAGAAAAGAACUCACAGAUUUGGAUGUUCAUAAGAAAUAUAAAAUACUAAAAGAAGAAGACUCGGUUGAUGUGUUCUUAUUUGUUCUCCUGGAUGAUGAUACCAUUAUGUCUACUCAUGAUGAUAAAAUCCUCCGUGUCUGGUCUACAAAAAAUGGUUCUUUGUUGAAAAGAAUUACUGGACAUAGGGCAACGUCAUCUAAAAUUUAUUACACUCCCCAGUCACCAUAUGUUUUGACUUAUGGAGGAAAUCAGGAACAAACUCUUCGUCUCUGGGACAAGAAAACAUACAAGCAGAUGGCAUCUUUUAAGCUUGAUAAAGAGAUAGAUUCAAUUGAAUGGUGUAGUGAUGGCCUAUCAUUUGUGAGCUAUAGUAGAGAUCCCAUUUUAAUUGUACGGUGGACACUAGAGGGAGCCAAUGUUCAAAGAAGUAGUUUGUCAAAGUAUCCUGCUACAUUUAAAGGAAAUGUAUCUGACUGUGAAGUGAUACCCAUCCUUGAAAUCAAAGAAGUAGAGAUCAGUCCGGAUGACCUUGACCAGGAAGAACAACCACCUGAUUCAGAUAUUGAUGAAGAUGAGGAUUUGGAUGAUGAAGAUUAAGGAAACUAUAUACAUUUUACUAUUUGUUUUAGCAUUUAUUGAAAAACUCGCAUAGUAGUCAAUACUCUCUGUGUAUUUUAUGCAUAUCUGACAUCAGUCAGAAACAGUAAUAUAUUUUUGUAGUUGCGUACCUGAUAUUUACAUUUUUCCCCACAUUUCAUAAUAUUUGGAUAAUAUUUACCUGUUGUAGAAAGCUCUGGUAAUAUAGGUAAUUUGUAAAAAUAUUUUUAAUACAUAUAACAAUAUUUCAGGAAAGAUUUAGUACAUACUACGGUGUUAUGAGUAGAAAUGUUUUCUCAAUGUCUGCCAUUUGAUGUUUUUCAUCAUUUGUAACCUGCCUUUUUAUUUCUAAAUGAGGCAAACAGAGAACAAACCUAAAGUUAAAAUGAUUUUGAUUGAAAAAAUUGAUGGCAUUGUCUAUGGGUAGUGAAAACAUAUAUAAAUAUUUUUUUAAAAUGUAAGAGACAUUCAUUGUUCCAAUAAUUGAAUUGGGAGGGAAAUGAUUGCCAUUCAAUGCUAUUUGGUGAAUCAUUACCCCUCUUAUAAUCUGUCUCUAGAAUCUAACAAAUUAAUUUUGUUGUUGUAAAUUAUCAUAAUGUUGCACCCAAUGACGGAUCCAGAAAUUUUCAUAAAAGGGGUGGGGGCACUGACUGCCUAAGAGGGUGCCCUCUCCAGUCAUGCAUCAGUGAUUCCCUAAAGGAUCAACCAAUUUUUCCAACACCCUUAUAAGUAUAUCCAUUGUAUAGUGUAUAGUUAACAGAUUGUAUCUUUUAGUAAAAGCUUUAUAAUCAUUUUAAUCGAAAGCAUGGUCUAGAAUACUUCAGUUCCGAAAUCACAAAUAGUAUACAAGUAUACCUUUCUGCAUCUUGAUUUUGCUUCUUUUACUUCAGUUAUUAUAACUGACUCGUUUUGUUCUGUGUUUUUUUUUUUAAAUUUGAUAAAUUAAUCAUGUCUAGUGCAAUAAACAAUCACAUAAUUGCAGCAAUAAACAAUCAAACAAAUGCAGCAAUAAAAAAUCAUCUUUAUUCACUUUCGUCUUCUGUAUAAAUUUGGCCUUUCAUUAAUGAAAACUGAAUUUUUCACUGAAUAAUCAUGUAAUUUCACCGCUGUUUUUAAAAGCAUUUGCUUUUAUUGUCAUUGUGUAUGGCCAUUUUGUUAAUCAUCAAAAAUAGAGUGCAUACGCUUUUCAUUCUACAGUUCUUUAAAGAUCGAGUAAAAGUAUGUUUGUUUGAUUUUUGUAUUGAAAAUUAAGUUAAUUUGAUUAAGCAUUCCUCAAAUGCAAUAUUUAAAUGGAAGUUUAAUAGUUAACCCUUUUACUUAGAAAUUUUGAUUAGCUAAAGGUUACGUAACAGGCUUCAUUUUCAAACACAGUGAUUUCAAGAAAUUCAGCGCCCUCUAUUGGCUAAUCUUGAACCGUCUUAUUACCAGUUUAAAGCGUACCAACAAGGUUAAUUUAAUUUUUAUGAAUCAAAUUUUGCUGUUUCAAGAGAAGAAAUAGGGGCUCUCUUGCUUGUUUAAAUAUCAAAAUACUUUUGUUAAUUUAAUAGUAUCGUAUUGGUAAACCUUACUGUAUUUGCUGAUCUGCAACAAGUCGUGUUUAUUUCCUCAUGGUAAUUUACGGUAUUAUACAAAUAUAGCCUUUGUAUGAGGUCGAUACAAGGAUAUAUUGACCUGAAAGAAGUAUAUGGACUGAGGACGAAGUCCGAGGUCGAUAUACUUCUUUGGGUCGAUAUAUCCUGUAUUGACCUCAUACAAAGGCUAUAUUUGUUAUAUUAUUAAUUUUCGACCAUAUUUGUAUCAAAAUCGUCAUUUGAUUUUGUUGACAAUAACAACAUAUUAGUUGUUAUUUCAUUUACUUUUUUUUGUUUGUUUGACAUCCUAUGUAUUUGAAAAAAAAAAUUGUCAAAUAAUCGAUCACAGAUGUCAUUUGUUUCAAAACGUUGAACAAUAUUCUGAAAUUCAUUACAUGACGUCACAAAGUAUAUCGGUUUUUAGAUAUUCUAAAAAUAACCGUGCAAUAUGCUUUUUGCUGUGCAAUAUGCUUUUUGCUAUCCGCCGUUUUCUCUCUACCUUCGAAAAUAUAGUUUAACAUGUGACUGUCCCUAAACGAAUCAAAUUUGUUAAAAUAUACGAAUUAAUAAUAUUAAGAUAUAUCAUUACCGGACUGGUUUACAAUGUAUUUCGUAUGGAAACAGUUUUAAAAAAAAAAAUGAUCUAGAUUUUGACAUUUUCUGUAAGAUAUAAGGCAAAUGCUUUUUCCAGCGCUAUCACGCUUUGAUUGUUACUGUUACUGAUGAAAUACUUGAGUCAUUAUAAAAGGUUUUGUAUUAUCACACUUAUUAAAUCUUGAAUAUAAACUGUUCAGGGUGUGUGGGUAUAAUACAAAACUACAAGCAAGAAUUGAUAGAUUCUGCCCUUUUAGUGAUGUGUGAUUUUGUUGGUAGCAAUAUUUUUGAAGACAUCAUAAUUUCUUCUCAUUUUCUCAAAUAUUUUUUUUUCUGAUCUUUUUUACUAUGCAGUUUUAAUUUAAAAAAAUAGAGUAUUUGUUAAAAAAUUCUUUUUUUUUUAUGGGAAGUAUGCAGAACAUCUCAGUUUAUUUAGCAAAACAAAUUGUUUAUUUCAAUAAUGUAGUUGGUUGUUAAUUGAGAUUUGAUAUUAAACAGAAUGUUUUUUGUUUAAAAAGAUAUUAUUUAAACAUGUAUUUUGAUAUAUUUUACAAAUGUUUAUAAUAAAGUUAUUUUGAUAUAUUUUUUUUUUUAUUUUAUUUAUAUUUUUUUACUCCUGUUAACUUUUUGUAUACAAAAAAUUAAAAGGGGAGUAAAUGGUUACCCCCUGGUUAGUUUGUUUACCCUCAAAGAACAAUUGGUGUCAGGAUAGGUGCUUUAGUUUGCCAAGUCCAAGUUUCUUUCUACAUUGGCAUACAAUAGAUUUAUAUUAUAAUGAUUGCUCUCUUUAUCAGGAGCUUUGACUUUCAAAAAUAGGAAUAUACAUGUAAAAAUUCAUGAUGAUAACUUUUUAAUUCUCUAGUACUAGUAUUGAUAUUCAAUUUUCAAUGUCUGUGGUUAAGGAAUUGGUUUCUUUUAAAUAUUAAAAACCUCGAAGUCAACGGUUUUUAAAUGAUUACGGUUUGCUUUAUUUAAUUUAAAGGGAUUGUUAACAAUAAAUAUGUUCAGAGUUUUAUUUUAAAAAUGACAGCUACAUUCCUUGGCAAUUAGAAUUUCUGUAAAUUUUAAAACCAUCAUAAUUUAUUUUUGAGCAAGUCUUUCUUUUUCACAUUACUGUUAAAUAAUAAAAUUCAGGGAGCAACUCAUGGCUUAGCCAACUUGUUACUUGUUAUAUCUAUGAAAUUGUUAUCCAUGAAUAUUUAAUAGCUUUAUACAUUGUUAACUAUGUAUUAGAUUUUAUUUCUUAUACUUUUUUAGUCAAUAACUUUGUUAAUUCUGUCCACUUUUUAGUUUAUAAUAAAACUUUUAAUUUGUUA